UAAAAAAGAAAUUUAUUUCGACAGCUCAUUUGCAUCUCAUUUGCAUAUUUGAAAAUUUGAAUUAGGCUCCAGGAUCCGGAGCGGCAUUCCCAACCUCUGGAAAAUUACAUCCAAAUAUUCCCAGGAGCCAGGAAAGGAAAGGAUGGAAAAAUCCAAUUAAAACCUUGAAAUCCCAUCAAUUUCUUGUUGAUAAAAAAUGUGGAAUUGUUGGAAAUUACUGGAAAAAGAAUUCCGGUGGAUAUCUGGGAUUUUAGCAGGAAUUUUGGGAAAAUCCAGGUUUUUCCAGCUCUGUAAUCCCAGAUUUUGGGUGGAAAUUGAAGGAUUUGAAGGGAAAAUCCCGGAGCUGGGAAUGACAGAACUUCCUAGGGUUUGGGAAUGGACAAAACUGGGUGGAAAAAUCCCAAAAAAUUCAGGAUUUGGCUCUGAGAAUUCCAGGAAUUACAAGCCCUGGAGGUGUCCGGGGAGGGAAUCCUGGGAUUUGGGAGCUGUAGGACACAGAAAAUGCCGGGAUGUGGAGGAAGAGGUGGGAACUGGGCAAAAAAUGCCAGAAAAAUGGUGGAGUUUGGGAAUUCCAGGUGGGAAGGCACCAGGAAGUGCCAGGAGAGGAAUUUUCCAGAAGAUUUCCUGAAUGGGAUCAAGGGAAGGGGGAGACAGAGCUCCAGGAAUUUCAGGCAAAGCUGGGAAUGAGCUGGAGAAGAGGGGGAAGGGGGAUCCCAAAUCCCUCCGGAGAUCCCAAACCCGCCCAGCUCCGGCCAAUCCCGACCUUUCCCCCCAGAAUUUCCCACCCAUUUUUCCUGGGAUAAAUCCCCACUGCCCCAGGCUCCCAUCUCCCUUUCCCAGGGGGAAGAAAAGUGGGAAUUCCAGCAGGAAGUGCCAACUCUUUAAUGGAACAACAUUCCCGAGCCUCGGGAACCCCGGGAUCCGCCCUCCUCUCCUGGAACCCCUGGAAUUCCUUCCGGAGAUUCCUCAAAUCCGGCUCCUCCCGGAGUUCUCCAGCUGGAAAUCCCAAACCAAACCAAAAUCCCGGGAAUUCCGCUUGUCCUUCCCCUCCCCCCACCCCCCCAACACUGCAUUCCAGGAAUUCCAAAGUUGCUUCCAUAAAAAAACCAACCAACCAAAACAAAACAAAACAAAAAAAAAUUGGGAAAAACGGAGGCAGAGCCAAAGUUCUGGAUUGAAUUCCAGUCCCAAAUUCCGGGAAUUCCGACCGGAGCUGUGUCCUGCUCCUCCCGAGCUUCUGGAGGAGUUUUGGCCCUUCCCAGCCCGGAAUUCCGAGGGUGGAUCCGGGAUUUUCCGGGAAAAGGGGCGGCAGGAACCCUCCCAGAGUCAGAGCUGGGAAUUGAUCCUGGAAAUCUCCUGGAAAAAUCCCUGUGGGCUUCCCAGCAAGGGGAGGGAGAAAGGCCCCGAAUUCCGGGAUUCCUGCGGGAAUCAGCUCCUCAUGGAAAAGCAGCUGGAAUUUUGGGAUCAUCCGGUCCUUUCCCAAAGUUCUCCAUGGAUCCUGAGCCUCUGGAUGGUCCUGGAAAGGCGGCUGGGAAUUGUCUCAAUCCCGAGGAUUUGGGGAGCAUGGGAUGGGCUCUGCAUUCCCGGAAUUCCAGCCUGGAUUCUUCCAUCCUGGAUUCCUGAAUUCCAUCCUGGAUUCUUCCAGCCCAGAUCCUGAAUUCCACCUUGGAUUCCUGAAUUCCAGCCCAGAUCCCAAAUUACAUCCUGGAUUCCUGGAUUUCCCACCUGGAUUCUGGAAUUCCAGCCUGGAUUCCCAGAAUUCCAGCCUGGAUUCUUCCAACCCAGAUCGCAAAUUCCAGCCCAGAUCCCAGAUUCCAUCCUGGAUUCCUGGAAUUCCAGCCAGGAUUCUCCCAGAUCUGGGGCCGCUCCCAGUCCUGGGAAUUCCGAGUGAUCCCUCAGACAGGAUCCAGCAAUUCCCAGGAGAAAAUCGGGAUUUAAGGAUCGACGCUCCCAGCUUUUCCAGAGGGUGGGGAAAAAAAUUCCGUGGAUCCAGCCCCAAAAAAAUCCCGGGGUCCAAAUUCCCAGGGAUCGGCUCCAGCCAUGACCGGAGCCUGGGAAGGGGUUGGGAAUUUUCUGGAAAAAUGGGAAAGGCCUCACAGUUGUGGUUGGGUUGGGAAUAUCCAAAGGAUUCCUGGGAAUUUCUCCAGGGGGACGUGAAGGGAAAAAAAAAUCUUGGAAUUUUACAGGGAAGAGAUGUGGGGAAUCCUGGGAAAAGGGGAUUUUUGGGAAGGGAGGAGAUCCCAGAAAAAGUGGGGUUUUGGAAAUGAGGAAUUCUGGGGUGUCACAGGGAGUAGAUCCCAAGAAUCCCAAAAGAAGUGGAAUUUUGGGGGGGGAAAAAAAAGGGG